GCGUGCCUCGAUCGGAAGCUUCAUUUCUAGAUCGGAAACGGAGGUCUUGUUGGAUCCUGCCUCCUCGGCGACCUCCACCUUUGAGGAAUGUUAAACAUAUCUAAAGAGGAGGAAGGUUCAUCCGCACGGGUUCUUCAACUACUCCGCAUACAAACAGUACAUUGAAUUUGUCUGCAGAAGUUGGUGCUAUUGCUCCAUCGCUUCUCCUUUUCCUUUUCUUUUCUUUUCUUUUCUCUUUCCAUUAGCCCACGCCCCAAGCUUCAACGCUUCUACUUUAUCCUUGCUCGUACUACCAACUACGUAUACACGCACGCACCGACACCUUCCUAUAUAUAUAGAUAACAUCAUCCCCACAGGAAAUCAAGGACUAAAGACAAACCCAAUUGUUCAUCAAGUCCCACAACACUUGGGGUGUUAAUCGAUCUUCUCUCCAGUACAAUCAUCUGAUCACUGUGUUUCUUGCUCUUUUUUGCUUAAUUAAUUUGUUAUGGCCUUCAUCGAGUGCUUUAGAUUCAAGGUUAGACGCAGACUCAAGCGUGGGAUUCUUGCUGAUCAUGAUCAUCAGGAACAUGAUGAGAAGCGGGCUGUAAAUGGCAUCAUUGAUGGUAAUGGGCACGACGUCCUUGAUGAUUUAAAGCGGAAGGAUUAUGGUUCCGUCAGGAAGUUCACAUGGGAUGAGGUUGAGAGGUUGACCAUGAACUUCUCUGAGGUGAUUGGAUCCGGAGGGUUUAGCACUGUCUAUCUGGCUCAGCUCCAGGGAUCGAGUUUGGGCAUGGCGCUUGGGGCAAUCAAGAUUCACAUUGGCAGCGAGCGUCUCAACCAAUUGUUCAAGCAGGAACUAGACAUUCUCCUCCGGCUUCGCCAUGAAAAUAUCGUCAAGCUUCUUGGGUACUGUGAUGACGGAGAACAAGGGGCCAUGGUACUCGAGUAUGCGGCCAACGGAAGCUUGCAGGAAAAGCUCCAUGAUACAGAAAGGGAAACGCAUGUGCUUUCGUGGAGAAACCGCAUGACAAUAGCCUUCCAGCUUGCGCAAGCACUGCAAUAUUUGCACGAACAAUGCACGCCACAGAUUGUUCACGGCGACAUCAAAGCCUCAAACAUCCUCCUGGACGAGCAUCUCAACUGCAAGCUCUGCGAUUUCGGUUCUGCAAAAAUGGGGUUUUCUUCGACGGUGCUUCCUCCUUCAUCUUCUCCAUAUUCUUCGAGGAGGAAGCAAGUCAUGAUGCUGGGUUCUCCCGGUUACACCGACCCUCACUACCUGAAAACGGGAAUGGCCACAAAAAAGAACGACGUCUACAGCUUCGGGGUCGUCCUUCUAGAACUCGUCACGGGGAUGGAGGCCUUCUGCCCGGAAAGGGGGCAGUUCCUGACAUCUAUAGCGAGCCCCAUGCUGAAGAACGUUGCUGCGUUGGGAGCUUCGGAGGUGGCGGAAAUGGUGGAUCCACGGCUAAGCGGGAACUAUGACCUGGAAGAAGCCAAGACCAUGCUUUCCAUCUCGGCCAUGUGCCUCGGCCAGUCGCCCAUCCUCAGACUUUCAGCUACCAACAUCUUGCAAACUGUGAAGGAGAGUAUUUCUUCUCUCUCUCCGGAGAAGCUUGGUUCCAUGAAGAAAUCUACUGCCUCUUGUCCGAAGUCAUGAUCGAUGAGGGAUGAUUGAACAUAGUUGAUUCUGUACAAAUGUAAAAAUUGGUCAUUAUUUUCACAGUUCUUUGCAACUGGAUUCGUUAGAUCAAGAGGCGAGAGAGGAAUAAUUAUAUAUUUAUAUGAAAA